GAGCAGAACCACCCUUCGCUGGCCAGUUGUGUCGCUCCUCCGAGGAAGCCGCGGAGGUGGCGCCUGGGAGAAAAGCCCGGCAGAGAAAGGAAGAGAGGAAGUAGAGAAGGAAAAGGGAAAAUGAAGCAGGCGCUGGGGGAACCCGCGAUAGUGUGGCCGGCGGGGAAGGGAAGCAGGUUCCGGUGCUGCUUUCCUGUACCCCGGGCGUGAACGCCCUCUUCUCCGCCACCCUAGUAAAUAAGGGGGUGUCGCCUGAACUGAACAGCAAGAGAAAAGAAACCAGCCAAGUGAGAGCACGGAUCCUCUGUUACUGCCGUCCCCUUGUAAACCCGGAGACUUAUUGCGGGGCCAGACGCUGCGCCCCAGGCGCCCUGCAGAUGGGGUGGGCAGGGACCCGGAGUCCAAGCCGCGGGUGACCCGCACUGGUCCGUCGGCCUGAGGCGCGUGAGGAGGAUGCUAGGCGGAGGAGCCCGAGAACCGCAUCCGACACAGCCGGGCGUCCGCUAGGCUGCAACUUGGAAUGCCCAGGGACCAGUCCGGUUCUUGCCACCGCUUCACUGUGUCUGGGGAAGCUGCGCUCAGGACUUGGAGGCGGAGACCUCAGGCAGCGGAGACCUCCGGCGGCGGCUGCAGAGGGGUGAGCCGGGCGCAGGAGGGGGCGCGCUUUCUCCCUGCGGGUCUCAGUAAUGAGGAGACUGAGUUUGUGGUGGCUGCUGAGCAGGGUCUGUCUGCUGCUGCCGCCGCCCUGCGCACUGGUGCUGGCCGGGGUGCCCAGCUCCUCCUCGCACCCGCAACCCUGCCAGAUCCUCAAGCGCAUCGGACACGCGGUGAGGGUGGGCGCGGUGCACUUGCAGCCCUGGACCACGGCCCCACGCUCAACCAACCGCGCUCAGGACAGCGGCAGGGCGGGUGCCCAGAGGGAUGAGCCAGAGUCGGGGACCUGGCGGCCACCGGCGCCCUCACAAGGCGCACGCUGGUUGGGGAGCGCCCUGCAUGGCCGGGGUCCGCCUGGCUCCCGGAAGCUCGGGGGAGGCGCCGGGGUCGAGACCCUGUGGCCACGGGAUGCCCUCCUGUUCGCUGUGGACAACCUGAACCGUGUGGAAGGACUACUACCCUACAACCUGUCUUUGGAAGUAGUGAUGGCCAUCGAGGCGGGCCUGGGCGAUCUGCCACUUAUGCCCUUCUCUUCCCCAAGCUCACCGUGGAGCAGUGACCCUUUCUCCUUUCUGCAAAGCGUAUGCCACACCGUAGUGGUACAAGGGGUUUCGGCGCUACUGGCCUUCCCCCAGAGCCAAGGCGAGAUGAUGGAGCUGGACUUGGUCAGCUCUGUCCUGCACAUCCCAGUGCUCAGCAUAGUGCGCCACGAGUUUCCGCGGGAGAGUCAGAAUCCCCUGCACCUACAACUGAGUUUAGAAAAUUCAUUAAGUUCUGAUGCUGAUGUCACUGUCUCAAUCCUGGCCAUGAACAACUGGUACAAUUUUAGCUUGUUGCUAUGCCAGGAAGACUGGAAUAUCACCGAGUUCCUCCUCCUUACCGAGAAGAACUCCAAGUUCCACCUCGGAUCUAUCAUCAACAUCACUGCUAACCUGUCCUCCACCAAGGACCUCCUAAGUUUCCUGCAACUCCAACUGGAGAGCAUUAAAAACAGCACACCCACCAUGGUCAUGUUUGGUUGCGACAUGGAGAGCAUCCGGCAGAUUUUUGAAAUUUCCACCCAGUUUGGUCUAUCACCUCCUGAGCUCCACUGGGUUCUAGGAGACUCCCAGAAUGUGGAGGAACUAAGGACAGAAGGCCUGCCUUUAGGGCUCAUUGCUCAUGGAAAAACAACACAGUCCAUCUUUGAGUACUACGUUCAGGAUGCCAUGGAGUUGGUUGCAAGAGCUGUAGCCACAGCCACCAUGAUCCAGCCAGAACUCGCUCUCCUUCCCAGCACGAUGAACUGCAUGGAUGUGAAAACCACAAAUCUGACUUCUGGACAAUAUUUAUCAAGGUUUUUAGCCAACACCACUUUCAGAGGUCUCAGUGGUUCCAUCAGAGUCAAAGGGUCUACCAUCAUCAGCUCUGAAAACAAUUUUUUCAUCUGGACUUUGCAGCAUGACCCUAUGGAAAAGCCAAUGUGGACUCGCCUGGGCAGCUGGCAAGGGGGAAGGAUUGUCAUGGACUCCGGAAUAUGGCCAGAACAGGCCCAGAGGCACAAAACCCACUCCCAGCACCAAAAUAAGCUACACUUGAGAGUGGUGACCUUGAUCGAACACCCAUUCGUCUUCACAAGAGAAGUAGACGAUGAAGGUUUAUGCCCUGCCGGACAACUCUGUCUAGACCCUAUGACGAAUGAUUCUUCCAUAUUAGACAGCCUAUUUAGCAGUCUCCAUAGCAGUAAUGACACCGUGCCCAUCGAAUUUAAGAAGUGCUGCUAUGGGUAUUGCAUUGAUCUGCUGGAACAGCUAGCAGAGGACAUGAACUUGGACUUCGACCUCUACAUUGUAGGGGAUGGAAAGUACGGAGCUUGGAAGAAUGGUCAUUGGACUGGGCUGGUUGGCGAUCUCCUGAGUGGCACGGCCAACAUGGCAGUCACUUCUUUCAGCAUCAAUACUGCUCGAAGCCAGGUGAUAGACUUCACCAGCCCUUUCUUCUCAACCAGUCUGGGCAUCUUAGUGAGGACUCGAGACACGGCAGCUCCAAUUGGAGCCUUCAUGUGGCCACUCCACUGGACCAUGUGGCUGGGGAUUUUCGUAGCUCUGCAUAUCACUGCCAUCUUUCUCACAUUGUAUGAAUGGAAGAGCCCCUUCGGUAUGACCCCGAAGGGGCGGAAUAGAAACAAAGUCUUCUCCUUCUCUUCUGCCUUGAACGUCUGCUAUGCCCUUCUGUUUGGCAGAACAGCAGCUAUCAAACCCCCCAAAUGCUGGACUGGAAGAUUUCUGAUGAAUCUUUGGGCCAUUUUCUGUAUGUUUUGCCUUUCUACAUACACGGCGAACUUGGCUGCUGUCAUGGUGGGUGAGAAGAUCUAUGAAGAGCUUUCUGGGAUUCAUGACCCUAAGCUCCAUCAUCCUUCUCAAGGCUUCCGUUUCGGAACUGUCCGGGAAAGCAGUGCUGAGGACUACGUGCGGCAGAGCUUCCCAGAGAUGCAUGAGUACAUGAGAAGGUACAACGUACCAGCCACCCCUGACGGAGUGCAGUAUCUGAAGAAUGAUCCAGAGAAACUAGAUGCCUUCAUCAUGGACAAAGCCCUUCUGGAUUAUGAAGUCUCAAUAGAUGCCGACUGCAAGCUCCUGACUGUGGGGAAGCCAUUUGCCAUUGAAGGAUACGGCAUUGGACUCCCUCCCAACUCUCCCCUGACGUCUAAUAUAUCUGAGCUCAUCAGUCAAUACAAGUCUCACGGAUUCAUGGACGUGCUACACGACAAGUGGUACAAGGUGGUUCCCUGCGGGAAAAGAAGCUUUGCCGUCACUGAGACUUUGCAAAUGGGCAUCAAGCAUUUCUCGGGACUCUUCGUGCUCCUCUGCGUUGGAUUCGGUCUCUCCAUCUUGACAACCAUCGGUGAACACAUAGUGUACAGACUGCUGCUGCCACGAAUCAAAAACAAAUCUAAGCUGCAAUACUGGCUGCACACCAGUCAGAGAUUGCACAGAGCAUUAAACACAUCAUUUGUAGAAGAAAAGCAGCCGCGUUUCAAGACAAAGCGUGUGGAAAAGAGGUCCAACAUGGGACCCCAGCAGCUCAUGGUGUGGAAUACUUCUAAUCUGAGUCACGACAACCAACGGAAAUACAUCUUUAGUGAUGAGGAAGGACAGAACCAGCUGGGCACCCAGGCCCACCAGGACAUCCCUCUCCCUCCAAGGAGAAGAGAGCUCCCUGCCUCACUGACCACCAACGGGAAGGCAGACUCCCUCAACGUAGCUCGGAACUCGGUGAUGCAGGAACUCUCCGAGUUGGAGAAGCAGAUCCAAGUGAUCCGUCAGGAGCUGCAGUUGGCCGUAAGCAGGAAGACGGAGCUGGAGGAGUACCAAAGGACAAACCGGACUUGCGAAUCCUAGGCAGUGCCACUGCUCCCCUUCCUGAGCCCUCGGGAUUCUGAAGCCCCGAGGCACUUUGUAAAGCUCUUUUGUAUGGACUGACAAAGGUGUGGGGUCUGGUAGUGAAGUGUGCUGUUCUCGGCCUAACAUGCAGCAGCAGCGGCAAUUCCCACACAUGCCCCCCAGGUCUCCAGGGUAGGAAUCUUUUCCAUAGUAGGAGCCUAGAGUUAGUCAGGGUUAAAGUCUGCACACGGGAUCGGUGAGCGGCCAGAGAACUCUGGCUCCUGUCAGCCUUUUCACCUGGUGCCACAAUAAUCUUUCCGGGUUUUAGCCCUUUCUCUGCACUUCAACAAGAGAUAAAAAUUGUUGCGCAUACCUGUGUCUUACUGGGUUGGUUUUUGAUAUUAUUACAAAAUAGAAUUGCCCAGGUUUGCAGGUUUGAUACAACUUCCCAAUCUAGAUUUGAUCUUACCUUCUGAAAAAGCAGGUUAGGAGCCAGGAAAACUGGGGCAGAGCAGAUACAUUAAUUAAUAAAAAAAAAUUGAACAGAGCUCAGAAUUACAAGCAAGAGAUGAGUGGCUAAUUUAGCACCACAUGUUCAAGCAGUUCUGGAUCUCUGAGCCCUUCCCAGCUAACGUGUAGUAGAAACAUGUUGACACACCACUCUGAAAGGGAAAGAGAAGCAGGGAGUGGGAGCAGAGGGCAGGCAGAUGGGGAAUUAACAGUGCACAAGGUGUGUUUAAAAUAAAGCUCUGGGCCAGAAAGGCAAUUUGGCUAAAGAAUGUGUUGCACUAUACUUCUAAUGUAACUAAGCGUCCCCACCAUAACGUGUGCCUUUUAUAAAGGAGAGAGAAGCAGAGCAAGGUUACAUCCUUAGCAGGAACCUGUGCUACCCCCUAGUUAAUGCCUGUGACAGGGUCUAGGAGCCGACACUCUUAAAGGAAAUAUUCUGCACACCUCACAAGAAGCUGUUUUCAGAUCAGUGGUUACCUCUCUUAGCCUGAGGAACUCCAGAAGCCACAAGGGGUUUGUGAACAUCACAAAUGUCAAAUACUGGAGUCUGCUCUGCUUCAGCAUCUCCCAUGCUUACACUUCCUGGUCUCUUAUGAACUAAGGUCAGUUUGAGUCCAGUUCUCCUCCUGUCUCCAUAUAAUGCCCUCACGAGUGGAAAUAAUUAACUUAGCAUCCCCUCUGUUUAGGCAUCACUUUCUGGUCACACGAUUGCUUGGCAUGCAGAAAGCGAAGAACCAUGAGAUCUCUAGACUUCCUAUCCGUUCCCAAAUGAUAGCUAGCCAGGCAAUCAUCUAAGGCCCGCAUCAGACUGCCGCUUGUGAGGAGCUAUGUUGGGAGGGCCUACUGGUGGGCUCAGAACCCUUACGCUAGCCAGCGCCCCAGGACACACAGUCCUAAAGUUACUCCCAGAGAAGCACUGCUCUGGAAGCUUGGCUACCUCCAGCGCAUGAGAAGGAAGAGCCUGUCUCCUUUUUUUUUUUUUCAUUCUUAUUGAUGGUUUCCUUAUUCCCACCUUAACACCAGGGUUCCAUUUAGAAGUAGACUUUCCUGUUGAUCAACGUUGCUUCAUCUUCUCUGUACUUGCUUGUUCAGUUAAAGUCUACAAUGAACGCACAACACUGUGCAAGAAGUGUUAAGAUUGUUAAAUGGGGCUUCCAUCAUAAAACUCCUCCCACUUUGGGAAACAAUGUCUGCGCCCCACCAAGAGCUACACUGAUCCCUAGAUGGAGAUAGUGCCCUAAGUUGUAAUCAGAACACCUGAACAGUGAGUUAUACGGCUAGGUAAAUCUAGGAGUGCAAGUAAGCUCAGAUAUUCAAGAGGCAGGGGGGUUGUAAAAACAGAUGGCAGCCUCCAAGAUUAAACAUUCCAAAUGAGGGAGAAAUAUGCCCGGAAACAGAAGAGGACAACUUGCUUUACAAUGCCCUCAUCCCUUCCUGCACUCUCCCCGCAGCGGGCCUCAGCUGUUUGGCAGGUUCCACCCCUCAGCAAUUCCCACCUAUCUGUUAAUACCCUGGGGCCACUGCUCUGAGCAUCCCUGGAUACUUGCUCAGCCGCAAGGCUGAUGCACAGUGUACCUCAAUUCACAUGACAACCAUGCUCCUGUGGUACACGGACAUUUGUGCAGCAACUCAGAUUCUGACUCCAUUUGAGAGGCUGGCUAUGUAAGGGAACACAGAGGUGAAUUCUUUUGUAAAGAAUCCUUUUGUAAUGCAACCAAUUCUCCCUUAAUGUAUCUGUUUUGUAAGUUUGGAUUUUUGUAUAUCUGCUUUAUCUUAAGCUUCUCUACUGAGGCAUUCUGAGUAGUGGUGAUCGCAUUGCAGAGCAUCCUGCCUACCCACAGAGCAGAGAACCAGUGCACUUGUCCAAUAACUUGGCCAGGAUGCAACAAGGGGCAACAGGAGUGAAGGAGGCUUACUGCUGUCAGCACUGCUUAAAAUGCUUUCAAUGUCCUGAGUGAAGAAAACACAUAAUUGCUUGUGAAGCAGUUUUCAUGGUAAAUAGCAAAAUUUUUAAUGGUAGUAAUUGAAGUGUUUUGCAAUCUGUGAAACAGUGCUGUGUUUUGUACAAAGAUUUCACGAAAGGGAGAGUCCUUCCAAACCUUCCUUCUGCUCUGCCUCCCUCAGUUCCCUCACCUA